AAAGUUUAAAGUUUAAACAUAAUAAACAUGUUACAUACUACUUAGUUUAAUAAUGGGAUAAGGGUCAAAUAGGGCCUCGAACUUCGAAAAAAAUGUCAAAUAAGGUCAUAUUUAGGCUGCUAUGUCCGGCUAAUGCCAUUUGGGGCGGUUCCCAGUGGAAUUUUUUGAUGAAUUUUUUUGAGAAUCUUAUUCAUUAAGUCUAGUUUAUUCAUAUCAAAUUUGAACUAGCAAUUCAAUCGGGAAGGCAUUCAAAUGAAUUCUUGAAGAUAAUUGUGCUUUUAACUGCACAGUUAUCUUCAAGAAUUCAUUUGAAUGCCUUCCCGAUUGAAGUUUUAGUUCAAAUUUGAUAUGAGUAAACUAGACUUAAUGAAUAAGAUUCUCAAAAAAAUUCAUCAAAAAAUUCCAUCGGGAACCGCCCCAAAUGGCGUCGGCCGGACAGAACAUCCUAAAUAUGGCCUUAUUUGACAUUUUUUUUCAAGUUCGAGACCCUAUCUGACCCUUAUCCCUUUAAUAAUUAAUAAGUUAUGACAACUAAGUUUACAAUAAUAAUUAAAAGUUAAAAACAUCAGUACAUCACAAUGAGCUAAUAAGAUAAAACUUGUAAUGCUUUGUGCCCAAACUAAUGUUUUGCAAAAGAGAUAUUAAUCUACACAUCAAGCCCAAACUGCCAUGCAAUCAGCAUUUUAAUUAACAUGGUCCCUGCAACAGUUUGAUCAUCGUGAUCAGUGCACCAUGAAUCAAAAGGGCAUCAGCUAGUUCUUCAAUCAACAUUUUCCCUGCUACAUCAUUUUAUAACUUUUAGAAUACAACUUUAAUUAAACAAAGUACACAACAAUACAUCAGCUAGUUCAUGAUUUAAACUUUUUUGGCGCCAUGAAAUCUGCAUGAUGUUAAUUUCAAAUGUGUACAAGUAUAACUUGUUUUAGAUCAUUUUCAUAAGUGUAUAAAUCCCUUAGAGAUUUAUACCUUAGAGACAAAUUAUUUUCAAAUCUGCUCAAUCGGUUUCAGACUUAUGCAUACCUUAGAGACAAAUUAAAGAAAACAAAGUGAUGAAAAAGCAUAGAGCAAGUCAAGAAGAUUCCCUAACCAAAAGAAAUACUCAAAUUGAGCUCUUAAAGGUGUCUUAUCCAAUCUUUAUAGCUCUGCUUAUUUUAUACAGAGUAUAAGUUCACAGAACCAAUUACAACUAGUUAUGAACAAAUAUUACCCAACAAGCUACAAAUUAGACAUUAGGGGAUAUUAGCCAUAAACAGCUUUUGUCUUAAGUUUUCUAUAUACUAUACAUCUGCUAUUUUACGCAAACAAAAACCACUAGUUCAAUUAGCUUAGCUAGAGGAGGUGAAAACAAAAAACCCCACACAUAAUGGUAUAAAUCUCUCUCUAAACGUGGGCUAAGACCCGAUUCCGUUAUGUUUGUUUUUUAAGCAAACAAUACUUUUAUUAUUGAUCAUUCCAUUUACAAGCAUACUGUUUGCUAGUAAAUCCUGCUGAGAAACCCCCUCAGGCCCACUUUCUGAUAUAGUGCUCUGGCAUUUUUGUGCACCUGAAGCAAUUUGUUAACUUCCCAGCCACCAUUACAACACAAAAUGGAUCAAAGGAUUCUUCCCUGGACUAAAAUUUAGAUAUUAAGGGAUGCAAAUAAGCAAAUCUCCCUGAAUCCUUAACAACAAUUCACAAAAGCCGUAGUUAUUAAUCACUCAAUACAGAGUACAGACCUAAAUCUAAAACUAACAGUUUUUCAUCUACAGAAGAAGAACAAGAGCAAACAAUACAAUAGCAACAAAGGCAGAAAUAUAUAUAGUCAGGUUCACAAAAACAAAAUAAUAUAGUGAAAAUGAUAAUAAUAAUAAUAAUAAUAGUAGUAAUAAUACGAGUAUCAUUUCUAACACCAUAAAAUGCUAUACUGAACAUACACCCUCUCACCCUAAACUAACUUCACAUUUGCUUAUGCAAGUAUAUUAAUAAAACAAUACAGUGGAAAUCGAAACAAAUAGCAGUAUUACUUUGACAGUUCAGACCUUACAAACAUAAUAAGCAAGAUGAAGAUCUAAACAGUUGAGUUUAUAAGCAAUCUGAGUAGAAUAUCGUAUUAGAGAAAAAAGAUAUAAGUACUUAAGCAGUAAACUAAGGCACAGAUGUGAAUAUUAUGAAAUUGAAAUUGAUUCAACAGGGGAAAAAAUCAAUAAAAAGAUGGAAGCACAGAACUGAAGCACAAAGCCACAAACACUCAAAAGAGUUAAAGGCAUUUAGAUUAUCUGAGAUAAAAUAGUCGGAAAGGGCUUAAUUGGAGUUUUACCUUCAAGGCUUCAAUCAAUUCAACUCUGGUGAAACUUAAGAGCUCCAAUACUCUGAGGUUUGAACAUAUACUAACAAAUUCUCAACUAAGCACAUAUUUUCAAAAUUCAAACUAUCAUAAUAGCUUUAAUAACACAAUCAAACUAUCUUUAGCUCUUUACCUGGACUGCUGGACAGAGUGGAGAAGGCUGAGAAGCUGAUUCUAUGCUCAAAGAAGAUGGAAAUACGGAAAUAGAAGAGAAGAAAACUCAGCAAUCAACACUCGUUCACUAUGCGGCCUUUGCAUCGUUUCCAUCGCAGAGGAGAAAGGUUGUAUUAGGUCAGGAGAGGAAUUCCAUUUUGCGAAGAGAAGAAAGCCGUCCUCGGCAUAUGGGCGAAAAAAAAUUAAAAUAUGCCUAGGUUUUUAACAGGUCUGGGCGGCCGAUUAUCCUGGGCGGCCGAUUUCUGAGCGAGUACUCGGACUAGGCGGCCGAUUAAUCGCCGGAGCGAUUACAUGGCCGAAAACAAGAAAAGCAGUACGGAAGGGUGACGCCUAGCGAUCAUUCGGCGCCUAGGCGGCCGAUUUUUCCGAUUUUUAGAACCAUGGUAUAUACAUAUAGAGCCCGUUUGGUAAUACCCAAAUCAGCUGUAUCGACUGAUUCUGUUAAAACUUUUGAGGUUCUGGCUGAACUGACUGGACUGCCUGAUUCUGCUGAUUUAUGAACAAAAUAUAUUUAAAAUAGAUUUUAUUAAUAAAAUAAAGAAAAAAUUAUAUGAAAAAAAUUAAAAUGAUUAUCUACAGUAACUUCAACCAAGAAAGGCAGAAAAGUAACUCCAAGAAUUACGUGUUCGAUGAACAAAGUUGUCUGACAAGUUUAAUAACCCAAAAAUUAGGGUCACCAAAAAGACUCACAGUGUUUGGGAAAAUUUCAUUUGAAUAAAUCAUGUCAGCUUGUAUAAAAUAUACGAAAUGUAGAAGAUUAGCAGAUAUGAUCGAAAUUGACUGAAAGUGAAAGUGAACAUUACUAUAGAAAGAUGUCGUGCCAAUUUUUUUUUACAAAGUACUACGUAAAAUAUUUAACUCUAUUAGGCAAAGUAUCAAUUUUUUAUUAAAAAAUAAAUUUGAAAAGAGUUUCACCUAAUGUUCUAUUAUUCACCACAAAAUGUUUCUUUUUAAGAGCAUAGUUUAUAUAUGUACUCAGUUGUUUUUUGGAUAUUCCAUUUGAAUAUAUCACGCCAGCUUGUAAAAAUCAUAGGAAACAUAAAAACAUAUACAGUAUAUUAAUGAAAUGAUAUGAAAAUGAACAUUAUCUAUACUAAUAUAAAAGCAAAAGAAUUUUGUGAAUAGUAUUCCCUCCCAAAAAUGUCAACAUCAAGCUAUAGUUGGAAAAAAAUGUUGGUUCACAUGGUAAAACAAAAAAUAACAAUGGGUAAAUAAGAAUGCAUUUUAGUGGGUCCGAUAGAUGAGUUCCGGUUGCUUAAAAAAUAGUAGAAACAGUAAAGCAAGCAUGCUCCUGCACUCCUAAUGGUCAAAAAAUAUAUUCACACUGUUCAUACACACUAAAACAGAUUGUGUGAAUCCGGGUUAUCCCACCAAGCCUAAUCAUUUUCGUGGCUUAGAUUCAUGAGAAUUUUUAGCAAAUCAAUCCUAUCGGUUCAAAGAGAGGUGCAGCUAAUUCCUAUUGGUUCUAAAGGGAGGUGUGAACUGUUGACAUGAAAUACGUGAGAAGAUGUCCAAAAAUCACUGUUUGAAUUACUUUAUUUUUAUUGGUUGAAUGGAGAGGUGGGAACAGUGAAACCGAUGGAGUGUAUCUCAUUCCUAACAAGUUGCAAUGCCACGCUCAUCUAUAAAAGAAACCGGGCAUAAGAAGGAUCUCUUGAAUCUCUGCACGUAAUUAGGGAUUUGAGUCUGAAAAGAAAAUACGGAGUAGGAAAAAAUAACCUUUUGAGAGACAAAGGCCUCUGUCGAGAAAAUAGAAGGGGUUAUAAUGCAAAGUCAGACAACAUCCAUGAGAAUAGCCUCAUAUUCAGAUGGAAUCAAAGAUAAUAACAGCGAAACAAAGAGGCGUUUGUUUGAGGGGAUGGGAGGUCUUGGUUCGGCACUUCGGCUACUUGGGUGUCGUUAGGGAGAUCCCCAUCGGUGACUUUCAAUCAUCACAUCCAGCAAGAUCCGAGAGAUGGAGUGAGGAAAACUAAUCAGAGAUGGGUCUCCAGUUUUCCGUGCGUCAGAGCCGAGCGCCGUUCCUCCAGCGUCAGCGCGUGGCGGCCGAUGCUGCGCGGUAGCAGACCUUUCAGGGACUACGAUGCUGGACGGAGGAUGUGGGUUGCUCUCAGUUCAUCGAUUGGAGGUCCGUCCGCCAGCACUUGCGAACAGAUAUCCGACCCUAGCAAGAAGAGAGCUCGAGGAUGCUCUACAGGUCUUCAAUCCGGCAACAAUCAAACUAUCGAGCCGGUUGGAGGUAAAAAUAGGGGAAGUCAGCAGUGGAAAUUACAGGCAGUGGAGAUUACAAACAGCAUUUGUGUGUUAAAAUCGAAAGCGACGAAGGUGGGGAAGGGAGAAGGGGAGACGUUCUGGAAAUCCGAUCUAGAAAAUACGGAGUAUACAUGUGUAGUGUUAGACUGUUUGUGGAGGUGGGUAUGGGUAAAUCCUAAAUUUCUAGAAUUUGAAUACGGAGUAUGGAUAUUUGUUUUUGAAUAUAUGAAUCAAUGUAUGGUUCCUAAUUUUCUCUAAUUAAAUAAACAUUUCACAAUAAGUGAUGAGAGUGAUCCGUUUCACAACUCAUAUUUUUGACUUGAACUAACUUUAUUGGUAAAUAAAUACAAAGUUUACAAUUCCAUGCA